UCAAACCGGUUGGCCCCUGUUUGGACACAGAGUUAACAAGAUUCCAUUAUCUUUCCACGAGAACGGGAUUACCCGUCAGGCGGAUUCUCGUUUCCAUUCUCACCGUAGCUUCGUUGCGUCGUCUGAUUUAGGGUUGAAUUUGCGAAUGGACGGCGAGGAGUUGACGGAGCAGGAAACCGCCUUGUAUGAUCGCCAGAUUAGGGUUUGGGGCCCUGACGCUCAGCGAAGGUUGAGCAAGUCCCACAUACUGGUCAGUGGACUCAGUGGAACUGUUGCUGAGUUUUGCAAGAACAUUGUUUUAGCUGGAGUAGGCAGCUUGACGUUAAUUGAUGAUCGCCCAGUGACUCAGGAAGCCAUUGCGGUUAACUUUUUAAUUCCUCCUGACGAGAAUGCUUUUUUGGGAAAAUCUCUUGCUGAGGUUUGUCGUGAUUCUUUGAAAGAUUUCAAUCCUAUGGUUCCCGUUUCUGUUGAAAAAGGGGAUUUGUCUAGCUUUAGUGGAGACUUCUAUGACAAGUUCAAUGUUGUAGUUGUCAGCUGUUCCUCCCUUGCUGCAAAAAAAUUGGUUAAUGAGAAAUGUCGCAAGUUGUCAAAGCGCGUUGCAUUUUAUAUUGUAGACUGUAGAGAUUCCUGUGGGGAAAUAUUUGUCGAUCUGCAGAAUUAUACCUAUUCAAAGAAAAAGCUUGAGGGAACCACUGAAUGCCAACUUCAGUAUCCAAGUUUUGAGGAAGCAAUUGCAGUGCCUUGGAACUCCCUUCCUAGGAGAAUGACAAAGCUCUACUUUGCGAUGAGAGUCAUAGAAAAGUUUGAAGAGGCCGAGGUGCAUAAUCCUGGACAAAUUUCAAUGGAAGACCUUCCUAAGGUUUUGAAGUUGAGGAAGGAAGUUUGUGAUGCACAAUCAAUAAAUGAGUCUCUUAUUCCCGAUUCUCUCCUUGAAAGAUUGAUAGAAGGUAGAAGAGAAUUCCCUCCAGUUUGUGCCAUUGUAGGAGGAAUUCUUGGGCAGGAAGUUAUAAAAGCAAUAUCAGGCAAAGGCGAUCCCCUUAAAAAUUUCUUCUUUUUUGAUGCUAUGGACGGGAAAGGUAUAAUAGAGGAUGUUUCAAACCCGAACAAAGGAAGCUAAGCAGUUCUGUUCACGCAUGUUCUUUAUCUGUGCUGCUAGAACUUAGCAACUUUAGGGUGACCAUGGAAAGCAACUAUCAUGUGGGAAAUUUGAUGGGUUCUUGGGCCGACUUACCCCAACCCUUUUUCUUGGAUAAUACUCCAGGUUAAUAUAGAUUUUAUUGGUAGUAAAAGUUUAAGAUUUUGACAGGGUAGCUUGCUUGAAAUCUUUUUUUGUCAGGCUAACUUGCUUUUUACCGGAGUUCCGAUUAAUAUUAUUUAUCCAAUUCUGUAAUA